GCAUUUUCUCAAACAGAAGGUUGGCCUUUCCCUCAUUAUUAUGGAUCUUGUGGCCGUAUAAUUGUUGAAGAAUAUGUAGGGAAAACUUUAGCUUAUUUUGAAAAUUCACCUUGGAAACAAAGGAUUGAUAUUGCUUAUCAACUGCUGCAGAUAUCUCAGAUGUUAACAGAAAACUCUUUAGAGUUUGCCUUGUAUAUGACUGAUGUAAAUAUGGACAAUUUUGCCGUACGCUCAGAUGGAACAGUUUUACUUGUAGAUAUUGAAAAUAUUGUCAUUGUUGAUCGUUUAAUGGUACAAAAAGGAAAGAAUUAUUCAGGACAACUUCAUCAAAGUGGUGAAUUUUGCAAAGACUGCUUGAGUUUCUCUUAUGAAGACCUGUGCAAUCAUGAUCUAUCAGAUCACAAUUAUUAUGCCAUUUGUAAAGGGCUGUUGGUACCCAAUUCAUAUUACUCUGCAAAAGGACUUCUGCACAAUAUACCUGAAACAAUAAAUAUGCAGACAAACUUAUCAGCCCUAGUACAUGAAUGUGCUAAUCCAUCCGUGGCCUUCAAUCGUUUUCAUGUUGUCCCAAAAAUUUUACAGGUUAUGAAGUCACUACUUUGAUAUAAUUUUUUUAUUAUAUCUACCUCUUUUACAAUCAUCAGUACUUAAAAGAUGCCUCACUUGCCAUAUUUUUGCUUAAUUUAAUGAUUGGUAUCAUUACUUCUGUAACUCCAAAUGCUCACAUUUGCAUUUCUUGGAUUUCUAAUGUAUCUGUAUUGUACGUGUAUAAUACAGAUAUUUAAUCAUAUAAUACAGAUAUUUAAUAUAUACUAUAUAUACUAUUAUAAUAAUAAUUGUGUAUAUAAUACAGAUAAUUAAAUCAUAUCAACUUUAACAAAAUCUGUAUAAAUGCUCGUUGGAGACAAUGAGAACAAAGUAUUAAAACAUGCCUCAUCCUGUAUACAGAAAGUCCAAAACUUGCUCAAAUUGAAGGAUAGUUGUAAUAUUCAUUCCCUGUAUUCCUUUGUGAAAAAUAUUAACAGAAGAUCUAAUAUAGGAAAUCUUGUACAUUUAAAUCUAAUUCAAACCAACAGUGUUAAAAGUUGUUUUUUAUUGUUCUGUCAUUACUGUAGCUAAAGUGGUUAGUAAUUAUAAGCAACAACUAUGUUAUCUCCAGCAAAACCAAGUAUCUCUAAAGGGCAGUUUUACGCUUUUUUUAAAAUAUUUUGAGAUAUAUAUUCUGUUGACAUUGCUAUCUAGAACACUUCAUAACAUAAAUUCAUUCACAUUAAAUGUGUUGUAUGUAAUUAUACGCAACUCUCAUGAAAUCAUGAAAUAUUUUCACAGAUUUUUCAGCCACUUUGCCAGUGAUCAUAGUACAUAGGAUUUAUACAAAUCCUGAAUCAAAGCUGUCAUAGUUUAAUCUAUGAGUAAUGUUAUCUGAAUGAUAAAAUAAUGUUAUCUGAAUUUUUACUUGGCAUAGAUUUUAUAUCAUCAGAUCAUUUCUGUUUAAUUAGUAGUAAUACACUAAGAAUACAGCAUUGGUGCUGUGUCUCAAACCAUAAAGUUAGACUUAAUUUCUUCAAUUCCUUUCUGUCAUAUCUCUACUGAUCCUGGAGAGGGGGAAUCUAUUCCCUUUUCUAAGAAACUUAAUUUUAUUAUCUGAUCAAAUGUUCUGUUUACUUUUUAUUGGUGAAAAUGACAACAGUAGCAAGAUGCAUAUGAUAUAUUUCUCCAAGUAAAAAAAUGUGAUGCUUUAUAGCUUAAAGUCAUACCAGUUAAAUGUUUAGUAGUGUAGACAUUAUUGUUUCCUUUUUGUACUUCUCAAUAUAGCUGGUUUAAUGCUCUAUGAUCUUCACCAAACUAGCAUAUUUCUGUUUUGACUGAAAUUCUGUAGUUUUCAGUGUUCAGCAAUUUGAAAAUUUUUCUAAAAUCAUUACAGGUUAUAAUGCUGUACACCCAUUUUUGCUCGCUCACAAGCAUGGGAGAAUUUCUUGUGAUUCAAAACAAGUAAACUGCCGCUAUUGAAAUAAUUGUUUUUCAUUAAGAAGCAAUGGAAGGCUGCAUGCUCCUUGCUCUCCUUCAGCUGAAAGUAUGUCCAGAGUUGCUAUUUAAACUGAAUCUGGACUCACCGGUGAACAGUAGCUGGGCCCAGUCAUCUUAUCUACACUCACAAUAAAGAGUGUUGUGUACUUUCAUCUGAAAGACACACAGAGCAGUCAUCUUAUCUACAUUCACAGUAAAGUGAGCUGUUGUGUGCUUUCAUCUAAAAGACACAGCGAGCAGGAUGCAACACAGUAAUUUUUAAAAGACUUAUUUUCUUUAAGCCAUUGGUAAGCAGCAAGUUUGUUUAUUGAAGUAUCAGCUACUGCUAACAGAUCCUAAUCCAACUUUCUAGUUGUAUAAUAUCUUUUGUCAACAAUGACAGUAAUGCUCUUGAGAUGGUGCAACUACCUGUGGAUGAUUUUGAUUAGUAAUAUGACUGACUGUUCACUGGUUGAAACUUACAUCUAGAUUCAUGAGAUCAAUUUUGGGGAUACUGAGUUAUCUGGAAGUCUCCAACUCUGUUUAACCUGCUCAUGUCUAUCGGCCACUCACACUUCUAUCCUCCAUCUGACAUGAAGGCAUAAAAAGAACAUGUUGCUGUAAAUCAUCUUGAGUAACCUCAGUGGAGCCAUACAUUGCUUAGGCUUUUCUGCAGUUCUUGGAAUUUCAAGGUUGAAACAAUCCAAGUGCAUGGGAUUUUCAUCAUUUGCCUCAUCUGUAAUGUAAAUGUGAACCAGUUUUCCACUGAAACUCCUCAAAGAAGUUAUCCCCUCCCUUUAGUGCACAGCCAUUACAUACUUUGCUCUGAUACCUGUAAAUUCAUAUUCUGCAAGACAGCUAGAAUCACUAUUUCAUUAUAUCAAAAGGAAAAUCUGUGAGUCUAAAAUACCUAGUUCUUUCAUGUCUUUCAUACAUUAAAUUUUAUAUUAACUGAACUGCUUUCAAUUCAGUGAGUAAUUCAAUGCUGAGUUACACUUUUUAGCAAGCUUUUAAAAUAUUGUACAAAAAAGGAAGCCUUGUACAAUAUUAUUCAGACUUUUAACUUUUCAUAACACUUCAUGUCUUUAAAAGAAAUUUAUUUAACUAGUCGCAUUAGAUAUUUAGCAGAAGGAAUAAAAAUUCUUCUCCUGUAUCUGCAGAUGAUAAAAGCUCUUCUAAAGGGGGGGAUUUUAAAAGAAACAUUAAAUAUAUAUUAUAGCUGUAUGCCUAACUCAUUAUAAUGUUAGUAUAUAUGUAAUAUCUUUCAAUUCAGAUGCAUCUGAAAUGACCUAGAUACCAAAAUGCAUUUAAAAAAAGGAUAACAUGUGUACAAAAAUUCAAGCUUUAUUAAUUGAAGAUAAAUUAAGAUUUUUUUUAUCCCUGUUAAUAAGAAAAAAUUUUUAUGGUAGUCAUAAAUUUGUAACUUAAUAGGAUUACUUUUAACACAAUCUAUCAAUUUGAAUCAGUUGACCUAGAUACUCACUUUUAAAACUCUUUCUUAAAAUAUCUCUUAAAUGUUAUUGACAUCUGAACCUUUUGUUAAGGUUUAUUUUAUUGAUUUGUUUCUUUAACCAUUUGUAUGUUCCUGAUGAAUCUAAACAAUCAUGCUACAAUUCUUAAAAUUUUCGCCAAUGUUGAAAAGUUAACUGCUAUCCAUGAAUUCAUAUCGCUAAUGAAAUUGCAAUUGCAUUGUUGGAAUAGAAUCAGCGUAAGAUUUUUAACUUUUUGCAGGACUAGUUUCGAUGGUUUAAAUACAGAACCAUCUUCCUCAGUUGCCUAAGCAGUUAGGCAACUGAGGCAGAUGGUUCUGUAUUUAAACUAGUCCUCCAAAAAUUUGAAAAUCUCAUGCUGAUUCUUCUUGUCUGACUUUUAAAAUUUAUUCACCGUGUUAUUAAAGAGGUGUUAUAAUAUUAUACCGUGUUAUUACAUAACCUAAAAUAUAGGAGCUGCAAUUUGCAUUUUUUAAGCUUCCUUAAAUUCAGGUUUUGACUGCAAUGUACUAAUUCAGAGAAGUGUUGCUAAAUGCUUUAUCUGUCAGUCUAUUUCCAACUGCAGUCUUCCUAAGAUUUGUGGUAGAAAACAUUUGUUUACAAAUAUAAGAUGAAGCAAACAUAGUACUGAUUUUCUGGGUAUGAGAUAUUAUUAUAAAUUUGGGAAACUUGCUUUCGAUAACGAUUUUUAAAACUCUAUGAAGGAAGAAGACUAGAUAUUGUAAAUGCUGCGAUAAAUAAGUUUCAAUAAACUGUGGUAUAUCGAGA